AUGUCUGUUCGUUGGUAUGUGCUGUGUUGCUGCCGUAUUACGGACGAAAAUGACGAUAAUUACAGCCCACCCUACGUCAACUACCAACCAUUUACCAACGAGCCGCUCGACCAUCACAACAGGAAAGACACCGAGACGAUUGAGCUUUCAACAUUACGACAUGAGAACCAUGGACUAAAAUCCAGCCAUAGACAGAAAGACGGACGAACGAACAAGGAGGACGGUCUGACAUGGCGAGACGAAGAUUUGUGCUUCAAGCAUCGACGUGUGGUUUACUGCCGACGGUCGUCGUUGAGUAUGACGAACCUUUUUGACCCGUUACAAGUAGACAAGGAUGAGGAUAUAGACGAUUGCUUAUCAGCAGCUCAGAAGCGUUGUACAUUUCCACCAUUUCGGAGGAAAAACGGAAUGAAAAUGUUUGUGGGGUAUACUUCACAACAAAGUUAUCGUAAACUAGAAUCCGACACGGACAGCUCGAGCAAGGACAGUCUUUCUGUAUCGUCAUCUUGCGAAACAGAAUCUAAUUCGUCAACCACGGACAAGGAACAGGAAGUGAUGUCAAGAAAAGUACCAGAGCAAAGUAUCGACCGAAACUGUCACGCAAAUAAAGGUCACAUGCAUGUCAGCGCCAUAAUACCGGACAUAGAGCUACAGAAACUCGCUACAAACUGUCCUCUUUGUAAAGGUAUGCCCCGUUUAUAUUUAGUAUCAAAAUUUCAUAGUUAA